AUGUCACGACGGUUAGAAUUAGGUUUGGUUUCCCAUAUUGACGAUAUCGACAGGUUGACCUUUCUUUCCGAUGUAAAUAUUGAACCUUUCGAUGACACUAGCAAUACGUCAUCCAGCAGGCACGGAAACAGUAUCAAUGCGUUGGGAAGAAUUGUGGAAAGUUUUGAAAAGGACCAUGUAUUGAUUACUAAAUGCAUUGCGAUGAAUAAAAGAGCAUGGGAAAUUGAUUUGUAUGCUGAGGAUGUCGCCGGUUUCCCUAUACUAGACGUACCAAUUAAAUGCGAUGUUAUUUCAGAACUGGUACAGCUGCUGAGGUCUGAUAAAUCGUCUGACGACAGUUGUCUCAAUGUCAUAAAGUCCUUGCAAAGAAUCAUAGAGACAUCUAGUAUUGGAAGCCCGCGAUCGAAUCAAUCUGAUAGUACUGCAGAAACUAGAGACCCGUCGGGGACUCCGAGCAGGAUAGAGAGGCAUUUUAGAAGGCUCAGUAUCGAUCCGUACUGGUUUAGUAACGCUUUUGGUCCAUCUAAACAGCAUAGACCACCACUAUUUUCAACAAAGAGCACUAGAUCUACACCAGACUGGCAUGGAGAAGAGGAACCUGCACAGAGGGAGAACUAUACGAAAUUUCCUCACUAUAAACAGCUAAUUACAACGCUGUACCAGGAAUUGUGCCGACGGGAUGGAUACAAUCAACAGAAUGAUCCUUUGUUUGCACAGGUAUCCGAUACUAUUUGCCAGUUCAUCCUUCAGGACUGCAAGACGUUGCUAGCUGGCUAUAUUGAACGUAAACUAAUGUCAUAA